UUCUGGUGGUGGUGGUGGUGGUGGUGCUGGUGGUGGCGGAGUUAAGCAACGUCGACGACGUUCUUCGUCGCGUACCCCGCAUCAUCCUGCUCUCUACUCGCGCCCAUAUCUACUUUUCAUUAUUGGGUGGGACUGCCGUCAAAUAUAACACAACGCAACAACUGGAAAUAAUCCUGGAGCAAGGUCAAUAAUUGGAAAAUGUCUGGAUUCGCGGCGGCGGGUCUUGUGGCCUUCGAUUCCUUCAAAUCUAAAGCGUCGGAAAAAUUUUCUGGAUAUAGAUUUAGAAGGAGCAAUGCCGGCUAUGAGGAAUUCGAGAUGCCUCCAGAGGCAAGCAAAGACAACAGAGGUUUCGAGGAUGAGCGGGGAUACAGCAGACAAGCGUCUUUCGAUUCACUCCCAGAACCAGCAAGACCACCAUUACGACAUAUCGAUACUUAUUGCAAACCGGAAUGCCCCUGUCUGUCCAAGAGAUACACCAUUGCCGUACUGGCUUGUUUAGGAUUCGUUAUUUCAUUUGGCAUGAGGUGUAACAUGGGAAUGGCAAAAUUGGUGAUGAAAAAUACGACCGAGGCAGGUGAACAGAUCAAAUUUAAUUGGACGGUCGCAACGGAAAGUGCCAUGGACUCGUCCUUCUUUUGGGGUUAUCUCAUAACACAAGUGCCGGGUGGAUUUCUAGCGUCCCUCUACCCCGCCAAUAGAAUAUUUGGCAUGGCUAUCGCGAUAUCUUCAUUCUUGAAUCUUCUCGUGCCUGGUGCUCUCAAAGUCGAUCCGAUCGUCGAUAUGAUCGUUCAAGCUUUGAAAGGUUUCGUCGAGGGUGUUACAUAUCCAGCCUGCCAUGGUAUUUGGAAAUUCUGGGCGCCACCACUCGAAAGAUCACGAUUGGCUACCUUGGCAUUUUGUGGAUCGUACGCAGCGAUGGUGAUAGGAAUGCCGCUUUCCGGUUUAUUGAGUCAUUGGUUCGGCUGGACUGCAUCAUUUUACUUUUAUGGUAUCGCCGGUUUAAUUUGGUACUGUUUCUGGCUUUGGUUAGCUUUUGAGAAACCAUCGAAGCAUCCUUCGAUUUCUACGAAAGAGCUUCGGUAUAUCGAGGAUUCGUUAGGUCAAGGACAAACCACAGCACCGAUACCUACUUUUUCAACGACGCCAUGGAAAAAAUUUUUCACAUCGAUGCCGGUCCACGCGAUAAUCGUCGCUAACUUUUGCCGAUCCUGGAACUUUUAUCUCUUGGUCCUUUUUCAAGCACGCUUCAUACACGAGGCCUUCAAUAUCCCGCUCGUCGAAACUGGCAUGGUCGGUUCAAUCCCGCAUUUGAUGAUGACAGUUAUCGUUCCGUGCGGAGGUUUAUUGGCGGAUUAUCUUCGUAGACGUGGCAUCAUGUCAACGACCAACGUCAGAAAACUAUUUAAUUGCGGUGGAUUUGGUAUGGAGGCGAUUUUUUUUCUGGUUGUCGCUAAUGCAACCAUGCACAAGAAUGGCACAGCGGCGAACUUUGCUCUUAUUUUCGGUGUCGCCUGCAGUGGCUUUGCCAUUUCGGGCUUCAACGUUAAUCAUUUAGAUAUCGCACCGAAAUAUGCGAGCAUUCUGAUGGGAAUGUCUAACGGUAUCGGAACGAUAGCUGGCCUUCUGGUACCAUUUUUCGUCGAUAACAUUACGAAAAAUAAGGCUGCCGAAGAAUGGAGAAACGUCUUUAUCAUUGCCGCCUGCGUUCACUUUUUUGGGGUAAUCUUUUACGCCAUAUUUUGUUCCGGAGAACUGCAACCCUGGGCCGAUUCUACGGCCGAAGAACAGAAAACUUGGAAUCCAAUGAAUGAACUUAGUCAGACAAAACCGCCAAUACCACCGCCGCCGGCAACAAUGCAGUCCGAAUUUAUUAAACAACCGUCCCUCGGAAAUGGCACAAACCCAGCCAUUACCGAUGAUUGGAACGAUUAUUCUCAAUCGUCGAUUACUGCCGAUCAUACGUACGGUCAACAACAAGAGAAGACACCUGUUAUAAGUUACGGAUCGACGGAAACAAAUAGUAACAAUCCCUUCCACUCGACGAAUCCCUUUGCCACUGAUUUAAACACGACUUUGGUCCAGCCACCGGUUAGAGACGAUUACGCGCACGACGUUACUCAGAAUCAAUGGAAUUGAAAGAUUUAUUCGCGUGAGUCGCCAUUUCCUGACUAAAGAAAAAAGAAAUAGGAAAGAAUGGGAGUAUAGUUUGAAAGUCCCAAAAUUUAUUCUACUCAUUUAUCGUUCACUGCAUAAUUCUUUCAUAAUCGCAAACGCGAAUCUUAUGUUAGAUGAAAAAAUUACUGUAACUAAUAUUUUUUUUUUCUUAAUUAUUAAGAAGUUGUGGUAUACCUAAAGGGAUAGGAUACAGAAAACGUCGAUGUUCUUUAAACAAAAACAAACAAAAAAAAGUCUUUGCGUGCGAAUAGAUUCAAAUUUGACCAUUUUAUAAUCAGAAUGAAACUUCUUACAAGUAUUUCGCUAUUGCGAAUACAAAAAGAAAUAAUUUAUUAAAGUAACUGUUCGUGGGGGGGGGGAGUGUAGGGGACGGAGGGGGAGGGCAAGACAAUAUUAUUGAAACUUUAUUUAGUUUAGGAAGAAUUUUGCGAAGAGUUUAAGCUGAAUUUAAACUCAAGCUUAACGGGUAAGAAAUAUCGUUUUAAUGAUAAAAAGAAAGUAAGAAAAGAGAAGUAAAUAUCUCUUUUCGUUAACAAUUAUUAAUGUUAUCUACGUAUAGGCAAACGCUUUGAUAUCAAAGCGAAGACAAUAAGAAUCUUUUUGCCGACAAUAAGCUGAUUUUACGACAAUAAUUAAUAAAAAAAAUAUACCCUUAUAGGUGUGUAUGCAUUAGUGAUCGAUUGAUUGAUUGAUUCAUUGAUUACGCGAAAAAGACAAAUACAUAGAUAUAUCUAAUUCGGCGAAAUUUGCAGGAAAAAAAAAAGCAAAAACCAAAACAAAAAAAAGAAAGUCGAAAUUUUUGUCAACAGUUGCGACUAAUGAGACGCAAUCGUUGAAACCUUUUAGGUAUUUAUUCAUUUUUCUCUCUAUCUCUAUCUCUCUUUAUAAACCGACGAAUGAAAAUAAUCGUCGUCACGUGAUGGUAGAAUAAAUAGCAAUAAAUAAGAGAAAGAUUCAUUUUUUCAUCGAUAUGGAUAUUAAUUAAAACAAAAGAAUCUUCUCGUCUAUAAUCACGCGAGAAAGUUCUCAACGCGUGUAUAAAAAAGUUCGAAUGAAAGAAAGUAUCCGCAAGAAAGUGAUAAUAAUAUUGAAAGUAAUAGCGUUAUAGUAAGAUUAAAAACGCAAUCAAAGUACUAUUUAAAUUCAGAUUAAUAUAUGAAAAAAGAAAUAAUAAAAAUUAACAAAGUGAAACGAUGAAAGUAAAUUAAUUGAAAGUAAAUUAAUUGAAAGUAAAAACCGAUAAUGUUUAAUUGUGAAAUUAAGAAAAAUAUGUUAUACAUUAUACAUGGUUUAGAUGUAUUUCUAUUAUCUAUUGAUAUUAUAUAUAUAUAUAUAUAUAUAUGGAUAUAUACAUGUUUCCUUCUACGUAUAUAGAUAUACACGAGAUCAUAAUUAUAAAUGUAUAUACGCAGGGUGUUUCCUAAGUACCUGUAAUGAAUUACUCGCGUAAUUUUCAAAAUGUAACGUUCAUUCACUCUCCCAAGAGAAACAAACAAAUAUUUUCUUUUAAUCAUUUUAUUUAACAACAUUUUCUUAUAUAAUUCAUGUUGCAAUUUUCAAUUAGUAUCAACAUUUGUAUUCCUUCUCCCCUUUUUCUUAAAAUAACAUAACUUGUAUCGCGCCAUCCGAAUUUACUGCAAGUGUAUUAUAAAGAUACAUGUAUAUACACUUACACGCAUAAUUAACGUAUAUACGUAUACCCAGCACUGUUAAGAUCGUAUUUGAUCACAAAUUAGGAAUGAAUAAGAAUAAGUAAUAGAUUAUGUGGAUAUAAAAAGAAAAGGAUCAUCUAUUUGCAUCGUUUCGCGGGGCGAAUCGUAAUAAUUCACAAUAUACAUAUACAUAUAUACAUAUAUACAUAAACGUAUACAUAUACACAUAGAAAUACAUGUGUGUUGAUAAAUAAGGAAAAGCGGGAGGUGUGUAAAAUAUCGAACAGCCUCCUUUUCGUUGCUCGAAAAUCUAAAAAAAAUUAGUCAAUUUAUGCGAGACCUUUUUAAGAUGACACUUGUCUAUAUAGAUAUCCUAUGUAAAUCCAAUGAGAUGAUAAAUUCAUAUAUAUACACAUACAUACGCAGGACACACAACAACAAACACAUAAUAUAUACACGUAUAUGCAUUGUUAUUAUUAUUGUUAUUAUAAUUAUUAUUAUUAUUAAUUGUUCAUAAGUCGUAUUGGUAA